AUGUACGUCCUCCCAGCCCCUGCCAGCUCCGCCUAAUCCUGUCCAGGCGUCCGUCUAGUAUGCGUUACGAUUUUGUGACCGAAUUUUAGAACAGUGAGUCCAUCUACAGCUCUACAACUAGAGAGAAUUAUGUGAUGAGUGAGUAGCUGUGCUAACACCCCACCCCAACAGCAACCUAGUCGAAGUUGAACUGGACGGCCAUGGCGGCGGAGUCUAGUUGGUGAAUCAAAUCUCAGAUCAUCAAGUUGUCAGACAUCAGAAUAACCAAGCCUAACCAUCCCCUCAUAGUCAUUGAGAUUCGUCCGAGGCACAAAACGUUCUCAAAGUCUGUGCCAGUUGAAGCUAAAGAAGAUCCAGAAGGACAGGUAUGGAAAUUGUUAGUUUCGUACUACAAGUUGGUGAGUUGUUAUGGAAUCCAGUGAAGCGUAAUGUGGGUUACUUGGUGCAUUACAAGAGACACAUACAGUCUCUUGAAGUUCUGGUGGAAAAGCUUGAGACCACGCAGAAUGAUUACCAGCGAAGCGUGAAUGCGGCGUUAAUGAAUGGAGACGAAGUUAAGUCCGAGGUUCAAAAAUGGCUCAAGGAUGCUGACAAGGCAAUAAUCGAUGCGAAAAGACUGAAUAAUGAAGCCGGAGAAAACAAAACAUGCCUGGGAGGCUGCUGCCCGAAUUUGAAAUGGCGUUACACUUUAAGCAAGAGAGCAGUUAAUGAGACAGAAGAAUUGAACAAGCUUAAUGAAGAGAAAAGGUUUGAAACAGUUACGCUUCAAGUUCGCCGGCCUGUUGAGUUUGAGUCCACCAUGUCAACAGGAGAUUUCGAAGCAUUUGAAGCAACAAGGCAAGCCAUGGAUGGGGUCAUGAAGGCGCUGAAAGACGAUAACGUCACUGUCAUCGGGGUUCAUGGAAUGGGAGGCAUAGGCAAGACAACCAUGGUGAAACAUGUUGGUGUGCAAGCGUGUAAAGAAAAGCUCUUUGAUCAUGUUAUUAUGGCUGUCAUUUCCCAAAACCCAAACCUGGUAAAGAUUCAACAACAGCUUGCUGAAAUGCUCGCCUUGAAUUUGAAUGAGCAGACAGAAAUAGCCAGAGCAGCUAGAUUGAAGGAGAGAAUAAUGAGAGAAUAAUGAGAUGGCAUCAUAAUUAAAGAUUCCCAAACACCAUGGUACAAGCAUAGAAACUAAAACAAGCUUUGAAUCAAAUGGAUAUAUACAAACUUUGGCCAUAUGAGGAGGAUGGAUUGGGCGCGCCAUGAAUUAUACACAAGGAGGAUUGAAGAUGCAAUAAUCAUUCCACCAAAACAGGUAGAUAAAAAUAAAUUAAAUAAUUGCACCCAUAGAGGUAGAAUGAAAACCCUUUUCCACCCAUAGAGGUGGACAAAAACACAUAACUUAUGUACUUCUAUCACAGGUUUUAAUUUUUUUUAAUCUACCUCUCACAAUUGUUUUA